UUUCCUUCGUGACGAACUGACGAAUUUGAAAUUUGGGAUUUAACGUCUCUCUGCGUGGAGAGCUCGGUUUCCUUGUGGGGUUUGUGGAUAUUUACGCGAUAAACAUUUGCUUAUUGUGUUUCUAAUUCCUAGGUGCUUGCGGAGAAGUUGUGUUAAAAAUGUGCGAUGAUACUGUUCGUGUUGCUUUGCGUAUCCGUCCACUAGUUGAAAGUGAGAUUGAGAAAGGAUGUCAGAUGUGUUUGGACAAGAUUUCUGGAGAACCGCAAGUCCGUAUACACAAUAGCGACAAGGCCUUCACCUACAAUUAUGUUUUUUCCCCUGACAUUGGGCAAGAAGAUUUCUAUGACACGGCAGUAAAACAACUAGUACAUAAUAUUUUCCAAGGAUAUAAUGUUACAAUAUUGGCGUACGGACAGACUGGAAGUGGCAAGACACACUCUAUGGGUACCAAUUAUGUGGGAGAGGGAGAGAAGGGUGUUAUUCCAAGAGUCAUACAAGAUAUAUUUGACACGAUUGAAUCUAAAGCAGACUGGAACUUCAAAGUUGCAGCCUCGUUCAUGGAAUUGUAUCAGGAACAACUGUACGAUCUCCUGUCCGACAAACAACGGAGCCAAUCCACUGUGGAGAUCAGGGAAGAUGGGAAAAGUAUAAAAAUCGUUGGCAUCACCGAGAAGGAAGUUACGAAUGCUGACGAAACACUGGAAUGCCUGAGCCAGGGCUCCAUGGGCCGCGUAACCGGAGCGACUGCGAUGAACGCGCACAGCAGCCGCAGCCACGCGAUAUUCACGAUAUGUAUACGCCAGCAGAAGAAAAAUGAUCCGAGUACAGCAACGGUGGCAAAGUUCCAUCUAGUUGAUCUGGCCGGAUCGGAACGCAGCAAGAAGACGCAAGCUACCGGAGAGCGAUUUAAGGAAGGCGUGAAUAUAAAUAAGGGAUUGCUGGCUCUGGGUAACGUGAUCUCGCAGCUUGGCGAUGGCGCCGCUGGGGCUUACAUCGGAUACAGGGACAGUAAGCUGACGAGGCUGCUGCAGGAUUCCUUGGGUGGAAAUUCGAUGACUCUGAUGAUUGCCUGUGUCAGUCCAGCCGAUUACAAUCUUGACGAGACCCUUAGCACCCUGAGAUACGCAGACCGCGCUCGCAAGAUAAAGAAUAAGCCGAUCGUGAAUCAAGACCCGAAGGUGGCCGAGAUCAAUCGGCUGAACAAAUUGGUGCAGGAGCUGCGUCUGGCCCUCAUGAACCAGGAGCUCGGCACGAUGCCGUCCAAGGAGCACGAGGUACUCGAGGAGAAGUACAGCGUGCUACAGACGAAAUUGCGGGACAUGACGGAGAAGCUGAAUUCAAACUUGGUAGAGAUCGUUAUUAUGCACGAGCGAGCGGAGAUGGCCGAGCAGGCACGCGAGAGGAUCAGGUCCGCCAUGGCGCUGUUACUCGACGAAUUUAAGCAGGUGCUGGAGGAUUUCACCGAGGCUUGCGCCGAGAUCGGAGAUGACAAGUGUAAUAAAUUGAAAAUGAUAUACGAAAAGAUGUUAGAUAUCCAAAAGGACGAGAGGAAGGCGUGCGAGGAGCUUUUACGUCACGACAUAUCCAAUUCCAAAGACAACGAUCCGAAAAAUCCUGUCGCGGACGACGAUACGGACGUACUCGUACAGGAACUGAAUAAUGUCGAGGACGGUCUGGACUACUUCGACAAGAAGGAGGAGGAGCACACGUUACGGCAAGCGGAACGGAAUAACGAGGUUCAAAAUAUUAACAAGGAGCUGGCGCUUAAGGAGUGUCUCAUGUCCGAGUACGUGAAGAGCAUCACGGAGAGCCAGAGAAGCGUGGUGGAGAUGGAACAAGAAAUCAAGAGGCUGCACGCAGAGAAGGAGGAACAUUUGCAAGCGGUAUACUCGCACAACGUCAGUUCGAAACUGGCCGAGGUGCGACGUAAAAAGGUGCAAGAAUUGGAAAAGAAAAUCGCGGAAUUAACGCGCAAAUGCCUGGAGCAGACUAAAGUGAUCAAGGGGAAGGAGAAGCAGGAUCAAAAGAUUAAAACCCUCGCGAGUGAGAUACAAUCGUUGAAGGAAACGCGCGUCAAGCUUAUCAAACAGAUGCGCAGCGACGCGAACAAUUUCACGAAGUGGAAGCAGUCGAAGGAAAAGGAGAUCAAUCGAUUGAGAAUGCAGGACCGUAAGCGCGAUUUUGAAAUGGUACGGAUGAAGAUACAGCAUAACAAGCAGCAGAACGUUUUCAAGAGGAAAAUGGAGGAAGCGUUCGCUGUGAACAAACGGUUAAAGGGUGCGUUAGAGAUGCAGAAGAAAGCGCAGCAGCGGCAAGAGAGAAAGGCCAACGACAAGGAGCAGAUUAAAACGUGGGUGGCUCAGGAGUUGGAAGUGUUAAUGGCAACUAUAGAAGCAGAUCAUUCCCUCGAGAGACUGAUGCAGGAUAGAGCCUGCUUGGUACAUCAGUUGGAGCAACUUAAAGAACAUGGGCCAAAUGAAGAGGAGCUCGCGACUAUCAACGAAUUCUUGGAGCUGCGUAACGCACAAAUAGCAGAUCUGCAACAAAAAAUUCUGGAAUCGGAUCAGGAGAAUAGAGCGAAUACCAGAUGGAAUGUAAUUCACUCCGUGGCCGAUGCCAGAAUGGCGUUUGAAACGGCAUUCCGCCUAAUCGCACAAGAGAGGAAACAACAGUGUUACAAGUACAAUGCGCUUAAAGAGAAAUAUCAGAACUUGGAAAUACAAUUAGAAGAAUGCCAGAAAAAGGAAAAGGAGAACAAAACUUCUUCGCAAAAUGUAUCUGGUGCGUCUUCCAGCGAUGCUGAAAUGUCAAUAAAAUCGAAUAAGCAGGUUUUGACUGAAAAAAACUCGAGUAAUGAGAACGUAUCACUACCUAAGAAAAGAAAAACGAAAAAUGAAACAAUUUUUCUUGAGGAUGCAUACCCAGUGCAUGAGGAUAGUUUAACGAUAGAAGAUGAUAUUGAUAAAGACCCCGAUUGGAAGAAAACACCGCUCUACAAUCGCAUACAAAAGUUGCAGAACAAAUCGAAACUCUCAGUACAACGAUUAACUUUUAAAAUCGAACCCAACGAGAUAAAAUGUGCCUGUAAAACGAAGUGCGCUACGCGAAUGUGUUCAUGUCGUAAGAACGGUAUCACUUGUAACAAUUGCAACUGUAAUCCGGAACAGUGUCAAAAUAAGGAUAAGGAGAACGUAAGUUAUCACGAAUCACAUCACAUUAAUGCACGAUACGUGUUAAAUGUUCUAAUUUCCUUUCCAGUUGCGUACUGCAUUAUUUACGGACACCUUGGAUAAUAGAACUGCAAGUGAUUAGAAAAGAAAAGGAUUCGUCUCUUUCUAUCAUCCUCGUGGGAGAAUUGUUACUUGUCAAUGAAUUUGUGAUUGUACAUUUGUUUAUCGAUAUCAUGCUCACGAUUGAAAUGUUGUAUAUAAUUAUAGCAUCAUCGACUUUCAUACUUUUAUAUAAAUGACAUCUGUUGACUUUGGAUUAAUUAUUUCGAAAAAAAAACAAUUCUCAUGUUUUUUAUGCGGUAUGAUAUUUAUACACUUAAACGCCAUGCACAAACGUUAAAGUCUCCUCUUCACGUUUUGCGUGUUACUUGGCAAUAGAAGAAUAAGCUUGUUUUAACUUUGCACUUACGGUUUUGACAUGAAAAUAAAAUAUCUCUUAUCUACUGCUGGAAA